UUGGCCACAUGUUGUUACUCCUGUUGCCAUGGUUACGUGCCGAGUGCGUCAUCUAUCGGAGUUCGUUAUUCGCACCGACAGAGUCGGCGCAAGUUUGCCGAUCGUUUAUGGCGAAUAAUAGCAGAAAAAAAUCGCAUUUCAAUAGAGAUGCGGAAUGUCAGCCAGAGAUAUCAAUCGAAAAGGUAUGCGGAUUUAUAAAUCAACUCGUCACUGUCGAGAAAAUAAAUUUCAGGGCAGAGGGAACGAAUGAUUGUUGGCCAAGACAAGAUGGCGCCGGGGUAAAUGGGCCGCACAUCAAUAGACUGGCUGAUACGGAGAUGUAUGGAGAUAAAACGGAACUGGGGCACGUAAAUCGUUCUGUAAGCAGUUACUCGUAUUUCUGGAAUAUGAUGGCCAGACUAACAGCCGUUGGUAACUUAAUGAACAAAACGACGCGCAGCAUCGUGGCGCCAUCAGACGAUGUAAAACCCAGCGACACAAAAUGCAUUAAAAAAUCCAGCAAGUCUGACUUUAUUUGCUCGAACGUUCCGGACGCAGAUAAUACCGAUACUUUGGAAUAA